AUGGCGUGGUACUGCUCCGGAUCCACCAACUCCGAGCUGAUCGAGAAUCUGUUCAAAGCGGGUCUGAUCAAGAAUGAACGAGUGAAGGAAGCCAUGCUGGGGGUGGACCGAGCUCACUAUGCCCCAUCGCGGCCCUAUUCAGACUCGCCCCAGCCCAUCGGCCAUGGAGCCACAAUCUCUGCACCACACAUGCACGGCCACGCGUGUGAGUACCUUAUUGACUAUUUGAAACCGGGUUCCCGAGUGCUAGAUAUCGGAUCGGGCUCGGGAUAUCUCACGCAUGUGCUCGCCAACCUCGUGACGGGCGCCCCGAACACAGCGCCCGGGCAGGUCAUCGGGAUCGAUCACAUUCCCGACCUGGUAGAUUUAGCUCAGGCAAACAUGAACCAGUCCGAUCAGGGUCAAAAAUUGCAAGCCUCGGGCCAAGUUAAGUUCAUUACCGCCGACGGACGUCUAGGAUGGCCGGAAGGGGCUCCAUACGAUGCCAUACACGUCGGUGCGGCCGCCGAGAAGAUGCAUCCCGUCCUAAUUGAACAACUUCGAGCCCCCGGACGACUGUUCAUCCCCGUGGAAUCCGAGGAGGAUGUAAGAACCUCGGGGUUGGGACUUGGCGGAGGCCAGUACAUCUGGGUGGUCGAUAAAAAAGAAGACGGAUCGGUCCACAAAGAGAAGGUAUUCCAAGUUAGCUACGUCCCACUAACGGAUGCGCCUCGACACUGA